UGACGUGUCUGCCUAUGGAUAUCAGUUGCCAGAGAAACCUGGCUUUACUAUGGCGGUUGGAGGGUCGGCAGUGAUCACACGUCGGCUGCUGGAAAGAACUGGAUUCUCGUUUCAGGCUACCAUCAAAAAAGCUAAGUUUGCUGUAUAGUAAGGAUCAGAAGAUCUGAUCCUGAUUGCAGAACAUCGCUGAUUACAGAAUCUUGGGUUGUAUCUCCCACCUCAUCUUUCCCUACCAUCCCAGAAGAUCUAUAAGGUUCCAUCUGGGAAAACACUAGAAGUUCUCGGAAGGGAAAGAAGGAAGAGGAUUACGUUUUUUCCAGAAUUCUAUGCUUGGUUCAUCACUGGCUUUAUCUCUCACCAAUUUAUCACCUCCUCCAACAAGCUACUGCUGAAAGUGGUGUUAGUGGUUGGAAUAAAAACAGGGUUGAAUGAGUUCCAGAAAGCAGGGUUCUCAAACUCGUGGACAACAAUCUGCAGAAGAAGACAACUUCAAAAAACCAACUAGAAGCAAUAUGCAGAGAAGUAAGAUGAGAGGAGCCUCCUCAGGAAAGAAGACCGCUGGUCCACAGCAGAAGAAUCUGGAAGCAGCACUCCCCGGCAGGUGGGGGGGUCGCUCUGCAGAGAACCCCCCUUCGGGGUCCGUGAGGAAGACCAGAAAGAACAAACAGAAGACCCCUGGAAAUGGAGAUGGUGGCAGUACCAGCGAAGCACCUCAGCCACCUCGGAAGAAAAGGGCCCGGGCUGACCCCACUGUGGAAAGUGAGGAGGCAUUUAAGAAUAGAAUGGAAGUGAAAGUGAAGAUUCCUGAAGAAUUAAAACCAUGGCUAGUUGAGGACUGGGACUUAGUUACCAGGCAGAAGCAGCUCUUUCAACUCCCUGCUAAGAAAAAUGUAGAUGCCAUUCUGGAAGAGUAUGCAAAUUGCAAGAAAUCGCAGGGAAAUGUUGAUAAUAAGGAGUAUGCGGUUAAUGAAGUUGUGGCAGGAAUAAAAGAGUAUUUCAAUGUGAUGUUGGGCACUCAGCUGCUCUAUAAAUUUGAGAGGCCCCAGUAUGCCGAAAUCCUCUUGGCUCACCCUGAUGCGCCCAUGUCCCAGGUUUAUGGGGCACCACACCUACUGAGAUUAUUUGUGAGAAUUGGAGCAAUGUUGGCAUAUACGCCCCUUGAUGAGAAGAGCCUUGCAUUAUUGUUGGGCUAUUUGCAUGAUUUCCUAAAAUACCUGGCAAAGAAUGCUGCGUCUCUGUUUACUGCCAGUGAUUAUAAAGUGGCUUCUGCUGAGUACCACCGCAAAGCCCUGUGAGGGUCUCCUGACCGCUCGCUGUUAUGUCUGGUAUCUGUAAACACUCUUUUUGUUCUUAGUCUUUUUCUUGUAUAAUUGAUGUUCUUUAAAAUUGUUCAUGUAUAACAGGGCUUAUGUUUCAGUUUGUUUUCUGUUUUGUUCUAAACAGAAAAUAAAAGGAGUGCAAGCUCCUUUUCUCAUUUCAAAGUUGCUACCAGUGUACGCAGUAAUUAGACAAAGAAGAAACAUUCAGUAGAACAUUUUAUUGCCUAGUUGACAACAUUGCUUGAAUGCUGGUGGUUCUAUCCCUUUGACACUACACAAUUUUCUAAUAUGUGUUAAUGCUAUGUGGAAAAAUGCCCUGAUUCCUAGUGCCAAAGGUUCAACUUAAUGUAUAUACCUGAAAACCCAUGCAUUUGUGCUCUUUUUUUUUUAUGGUGCUUGAAGUAAAACAGCCCAUCCUCUGCAAGUCCAUCUCUGUUGUUCCUUAGGCAUUCUAUCUUUGCUCAAAUUGUUGAAGGAUGGUGGUUUGUUUCAUGGUUUUUGUAUUUGAGUCUAAUGCACGUUCUAACAUGAUAGAGGCAAUGCAUUAUUGUGUAGCCACGGUUUUCUGGAGAAGUUGAUAUUUUAGGAAUUGUAUUUCAGAUCUUAAAUAAAAUUUGUUUCUAAAUUUCAAAGCAAA